UGCUCCCAACAAGUUUCUAGUCUAGUGGGAGUGGAGGGGUGCAGACACAAGUCACUGUUUUUUAUUCUUUUAUUUAUAGCUCCAGCUAAGGUGCCCAGGGUGUGAGGGGAUAGUGCAGAAGAUUAACACGAGAUGUCUUUAGAUAGAUAAGGCCAAGCCAGCUGAAUUGUCAGGCUCCGGGAAGUUUAAAUUGGCUCUCCUAUACUGGGAGACACUGCGGCUUCCCCAGCCAGAUGAAAACGUGUUGUAAGGACGAGCCUUCGAGUGCUGAGCAGGGUGCCCUGGAAUCGAGAGGCAGGGAGACUCGAGAGGUCCAGAAGAAGAUGCUCAGUGACGCUGUAACCAGACUGAACCGGGAAAAUGGAAAUGAAGUCCGACAUCUGAGAGGGACCGGCUCAGGGGGAAAGGUGGGGAGCUGGAUCGGCAGGGAUCGGGGUGGAAAGGAGUCGGGGACGAGGCCGGGUUUGAUGGUGUGGCAUCCUGGAAACUGCCCCCCACCACUGGACCCUACGGGGACAGGACAGGGUGCUCUGUACUAGAAAGAGCCAGAUGCCUGGAUGUGUUUGCAAAGUGCUCCAGGCCUGCCUCCCUCCCCAGCCUGACACCUUUCUUCUUCCCUUUCUUUCUUCCUUUUUUUUAAUCAUUGGCCAGCUUCUUGACUCUAACCAUUCAGUAACAGACUGGCCCCAGGUAUAAACCCCUCACCAGGGAGGAGGUUAAACAUCCUUAUCUCGAUGGGGACAAGAAGCCCGAAGCUGCCCCGGAGCAGGGCGCUCCCCGGCCUGGCCGCCCGUCCCCGCGGGCCGCGCCAGGACAAUGGGCUGCCCGGACCCCGGCCAGGGAAGGAUGGCCGAACCUCGUUUUAACAACCCCUACUUCUGGCCCCCUCCUCCCACCAUGCCCAGCCAGCUGGACAACUUGGUAUUGAUCAACAAGAUCAAGGAACAACUGAUGGCAGAGAAGAUUCGGCCCCCACACCUGCCACCCACCUCAGUCUCCUCCCAGCAGCCCCUGCUGGUCCCUCCAUCCCCAGCUGAAAGCAGCCAGUCCAUCAUGUCAUUGCCGAAACUGCAGCAGGUGCCGGGGCUACACCCGCAGGCUGUGCCCCAGCCCGAUGUGGCCCUGCAUGCCCGGCCUGCCACCAGUACCGUCACAGGUCUGGGGCUGUCCUCCAGGGCCCCCGCAGUCAGCACCUCCGAGUCCAGUGCCGGCACAGGGACCAGCACCCCCUCGACACCCACCUCCACCAGCCAGAGCCGCCUCAUAGCCUCCUCCCCUACCCUCAUCUCAGGGAUUACCAGCCCCCCCAUCCUGGACUCCAUCAAGACAAUUCAGGGCCACAGCCUGCUGGGAGCCCCCAAAACAGAGCGGGGCCGCAAGAAGAUCAAGGCAGAAAAUCCCUCUGGACCCCCGGUCCUCGUGGUGCCGUACCCCAUCCUGGCCUCAGGAGAGACUGCCAAAGAGGGGAAGACGUACAGGUGUAAGGUCUGCCCCUUGACCUUCUUCACCAAGUCCGAGAUGCAGAUCCACUCCAAGUCGCACACAGAGGCCAAGCCGCACAAGUGCCCGCACUGCUCCAAGUCCUUUGCCAACGCCUCCUACCUGGCCCAACACCUGCGCAUCCACCUGGGUGUCAAGCCCUAUCACUGCUCCUACUGUGAGAAAUCCUUCCGCCAGCUCUCCCACCUCCAGCAGCACACCAGAAUUCACACUGGAGACAGACCCUACAAGUGCCCACAUCCCGGCUGUGAAAAGGCUUUUACCCAGCUUUCCAACCUCCAGUCUCACCAGCGACAGCACAAUAAAGACAAACCGUACAAGUGUCCGAACUGUUACCGGGCCUACACGGACUCCGCCUCCCUGCAGAUCCACCUCUCCGCCCAUGCCAUCAAACACGCCAAGGCCUACUGCUGCAGCAUGUGUGGGCGUGCCUACACCUCGGAGACAUACUUGAUGAAGCACAUGUCCAAACACACUGUGGUGGAACAUCUGGUCACCCACCAUUCACCCCAAAGGACGGAGUCUCCCGGCAUCCCCGUGCGGAUCUCGCUCAUCUGAAGCUAGGGCCCCCCUCCGCUCUGCGUGCCCCCUCCCCCAGCCUCCGCAGGCAGGGGCACAGAAACGAAACCGAUCGGAACCUCCCCCCGCCCAGCCCCCCGCUCCGGCCACGCCGCUCUCCCGCACCACGCCGCACCGAGGGGCCGCUGUCCGCCGCCACCGACUCCCCCGGGAGCUCCCGCUCACUUCAGUCCAGUUCACUGCUAGGAGGCUUGGAAGAGUUCCCCGGGCCGGGAGGCCGGCCAGCGGCAGUGGCCACCGGGGGAUUCCGGACAGUUUGGUGACAUCCAAAGACGAUUUCAGAGCACUUUGAACCUCUCUCUGUUGGGUUGUCUUUAGUUCGCCCCCCUCCCUUUAUUGGGUUGGUUUUUUCGUUUGUUUUCUUUUCUUUCUACUUCCUUUUAAAAAAAAAUAACAACAAAAAUAUUUAUUGGCCAAGAAGUUGGUGCUGCUAAAAUGGAAAAAUCAAAAGGAAAAUUGGACAGACGGACACGGAGAGCCACAGGGUGGGGGCCUCUCACCUUCUGCCGGCCGCCCAGGGGAGCCCCGGGCAGAAAGGGAGCCAGCCGGGUCACCGAGACCCCUUGGAAAUGACCGCACGGACGCUGGAGCUUAGGCCCCGAGCUGGGGAGGAGGCUUAGUGGGAGAAGCCUGGAGCUGGGGGAGGGGCCAGAAUACUAACCUCUCCCCUCGGGUCCCAGGCGGGGCUGGGCCUCCCCCCGUCCUGGGUAGGCCCCAGUCCCUAGCACAGGCUCCACUGCACCCACCCAGAGAGGCUUCCACAGGAAGCAAGAGGUGGAGAUCCAAGACUAAGAGAGGCGCCCUGGCCCCAGACCUCCAGGACCAGCUUUCCUUCCCCUGUCCUAAGGGAGUAACUGUCCUGAAGGGGAAGGGCAGGAGGGAGGUCUUGAGCCUCCCUCGGUGUGGAAGCUUGUGAGGGCCGCCGGUGGAAAUGAUCCUGCCCCCCUCCUGGCCUCUCCUUGCUCUGACAAUGGUGCUCCCUGGGUUCCUGCCCCCCUUGGGCCCUGUGACUCCAGUCGUGAGUGCCCCAGUCUACCUCCAGUGCUGGCUAGGAUGAGAAUAUUCCUCUACCUCUCCUGACAUUCCUGUCUGCUCUGGGACCUGGCCGGGGAGGGGGGGGGGGGACAGGCAGAGCGGACCCGGGUGGCCAAGCCCCAGAAUCCUCCCUGAUCUCCUGGGCAGCCCAGUCACAUUUCCUCUCCCAUGUUGGGGACCCACGGAGUCCACCUUCCCCGAGACUGUCCAUCCCCCACCCAGGCUGGGAGCAGAGCCCUAACCUGGGAGAGGAUUUUGUGUCUUCCACGCUGGGGUGAGCUCAAGGUAGGCAUAGACAGCCAGGCCAAGUCAGGUCCCUGAAAGCUCACCGAUCUAGUGGCCAGUGGCCAUACUGCAAAACGGGGAGUGGACUUUUCCCCUAGCUUCUGGGUCCCCCCAUAGGCCCUGAAGAAAUUCAGGCCUCGGGACCCCUCAAGUCCCUCAAACCCAGGAGGCUUUGACAGGACAGCUGAGAGGGGCCUCAGGCUGUUGGGAACUGGGGGAGGGGGAAGGAUUGGCUCUGGGGGGGAGGGGAAGUUUGGGUGGCUCUGGGGCCUUGGACACUUGGUACCUACCCCAACACAGCCUAAGGCGAGCAAGAGAAGAAUUCUAGGUCACCUCCUCAUACCCAACCUGAUAACGAUGGCACUUAUCACCCUGUGCAAAGGCCCAGGCCAGAGAGCCCCUUCACCCCAUCCCCCAGCCUCCAUCCCUGCAGGGUCCCUCAGGGGUGGAGGGGCACUGAGGAAAGCAGCCGGUCAGAGGGCCGGUGGCCAGCCCCAGCACCCCCACCCUGAUCUGAAAGCCAUUCGUGUCUCCCCAUGUAUAUAGGAUCCAUGUACAGAGCCCGGAGGAGCCCCAACAACCCCCUCACCAGAAAGGAAAAAAAAAAAAACCUAGACAAAAAAUUCAUCUAUAUCUUCUGUAUCUUUUAAGUUCCGUUCUGAAUAUUAACUGUGUUAUUUUUAUACACUUUUUAAGCCUUAACAAUGUCAUUGUUUGACCAGCUGUUUGAUGCCCUUUUGGUUCCACGUAUUUUUCACUGGGUUCUUUUCCCUUGUUUCUGGCUCUUUGAUGUUGUAUGAUACUCAGUAUUGUAGCCUUUUUGUCAGCAUGUUAAUACCCUGUAAAUACGCUCUGACACUCCUGUUAACACCCCCUUUUUCUUUUGUCUAUGGAACCUCCAGGCCACCGAAUUUAGAUCUAGUUCCCUUACUAAGAAAGAAAAACGGUUCCAGAUGUUUGAUUCUUUUGUCCACUUUCUGGACCUGGCGUUGCAGGGCCGAGGAGGUGGGACCUCAGAAGGGAAAGUUUGCAUUAUGUUAAAAAUAAAUUUUUUUAAAAAGCAAAAUGUGGGGAAAAAAAAACUAAUGAAAAAAAAAUUAAAAGCCCUAUGCUCUUUGUAUUUCUCUGUUGUGAAAAAAAUAAAACUGUACUACGACUGGGCGG